CUAUAUCGCUAGGGUUUUAGUUCGAAGCUUUGGCGGUUCCAACUUCAGAGCAGAGCAGAGCACACUGAUAAUGGCAGAAGAAACAACUCCUCAACUCGCUGAAAACGAUCCGGAGGUAACCAACUCGGCCACCGAAGAUAUGGAACUGGAAACCUCAGAGCCCGGGGCAGAACCGAAAGGAUUAAAUGGUGAUUCUGAAGCAAAUGAGGCCGCUCCAGAAACGAAUGGGGAUGCAAAUUCGAAGCGUGAGAGAGAGGAAGAAACCGCCGAUGAGAAUAUCGGCGAGGCGAAAAAGCCGAAGGUGGAGAAGUCGGUCGAAGAGGAAAGGAUGGAGAAGGUGGAAGGAGACGGGAAGGGAGAUGAGAAGUCUGGUCCUGUGAGCCUAGGCCCGAAGAGCUUUGGAUCAUCGGUGGAGAUGUUCGAUUACUUCUACAAGUUCCUCCAUUACUGGCCUGCCAACUUGAACUUGAACGAGUACGAGCAGAUGGUGCUGCUGGAGUUGCUCAAGAAGGGCCAUGUAGAACCAGAGAAAAAGAUCGGUUGUGGUAUCCACGCGUUCCAGAUUCGAAACCAUCCUACGUUUAAAAGCAAGUGCUACUUCCUGAUUCGGGAAGAUGAGUCCGUGGAUGACUUCAGCUUCAGGAAGUGUGUGGAUCACAUCCUUCCCCUCCCUGAAAACUUGAAGGUAAAAUCUGAUGCAAACAGAGCAUUAGGAGGCUGUAAGCAUCGUGGCGGGGGACGGGGAGGCGGUGGUGGGCGUGGACGAGGGGGUAGGUCGAGAAACUGAUGUUUUCUCGACAUCCAAGUCAGUUUUCCUGUGAAGAUUUUGGAAGUAAAUUUUAACCUCUGGCCUCUCCCAUGGCCUUGAGAUUAAGGAAGAAAGUAGAGAUGUUUUAUUUGUGCCCAUAAUUCCUAUUAUUUGUGCUUCUCACUGUGCUGAUGCAAACUAUAAACUCUAGUUUGGACCAUACUUUUCAAUGAAAGCAUGAGUUUUUUUACUUUCACGUUCA